CGUCUGUUUCUCACUUCAUAAUCCAACGAUGAUCCAUAAUACCAUCACAAACCCUGAUAAAUACUAGUAAUAAUUCUUCCAACAAACAAACCAUCCUCCUUGAAAUUUAAGUUUCUUCUCAAAAAUGGCGUUUUGGUAUAGAAGAUCAAAAUUAGUGUUUGAUAAAAGUUUUCGUUCUAAAAUAACCACAGCUUCCAAACCCCCACUUUCCAUCACCAACAACAGCAAUCAACAACUGAGAUGUAUUUUGAAUCAUCAACCAAUAAGGGUUACAAAGAAAGUUUCAUCGUUCGUUGAUAUGAGUUCACAUGUUGCAUAUUCUGGCUAUAGAUGUUACCAUGUUGAUCCCCGGGGGGUUAAAGUUAAAGUUAUACAAAAAAAGCUUGAAAAAAAAGCUUUGGUGGGAGUAGUAGUUUUCUUAAUCGGGCUAACUAUAUGGAUCGUGGAUGUUGAGACGAUACCGUACUCAAAGCGUAAACAUUUCCUUCUGAUGCCGGCUGUUUUGGAGAGAGUGGUUGGGGAGAAUCAUUUUAAGAAGAUGAAGGCUGAAUUUGUAGGGAAAGUUUUACCCGUCAUGCAUCCAGACUUUAUGAGGGUGACACUCGUUUUGAAUCGUGUAAUUCAAGCAUUACAAAUAAUAUCAGGGUUGAAGCAUCUGGAAGGGUUACAAUGGGAAGUUUUGGUGGUUGAGGAUGAUGCUGCAUACGCAUGUUGUUUGCCUGGUGGCAAGAUUGUUGUAUUUACUGGGUUGUUAGAGCAGUUCACAACCAAUGAAGAACUUGCUGCCAUUAUUUGUCAUGAGGUUGCGCAUGUUGUGGCGAGACAUGUAGCUGAGAGGUUUACAAGGAAUUUCUUGGUUACACCACGGCUAAUUUUUUAUAUGAUUUUUAGGCCGGAUAGUGACUCGAGUGCACUAGACUAUCCUUUCUCCCAAAUGAUGGAGAUUGAAGCUGAUAGCAUAGGGCUGCUAUUGAUGGCUUUUGCUGGAUACAAUCCACGGGUCAUGCCAAAGGUAUUAGAAAAGAUGGAUAAAGCAUCGGCUAAUUCGGUGUUUCAUGAUUAUGUUUCUAAACAUCCAAUGGGAAAGAUAAGAAGAGAAUUGCUACCUGCAGAGGACAAAUCAGGAGGAGAAGUUGAUACUUGAUUAUGAUUUUUUUUUUUUUUCAGUUGUUUUAGUUUAUAAUUUACUAGCUAAUUAGAAUAUGUUAUUAGGUAGUUUAUACCCGUGGGUAGUAGUUAUAUUUAAUUAAGGGGAAGUUGGUAGGUAAUGCUAGAUUAGUUUAUUUGUACCGUUUUUAUAUAAUCAAACAUGAAAGUUUAUUUCAA